AUGGCAGCGCGGUCCCGGCGCCCCUGGCUCAGCGUGGUGCUAGGGCUGGUGCUGGGCUUCACCGUCGCCUCCUGGCUUAUUGCGCCCAAAGUGGCCGAGCUGAGUGAGAGGAAGAGGCGAGGCGGCGGCAGCGGCAACAGCGGCUCCUCCGGCGGCGGCGGCGGCGGCAGUAGUCUCUGCGCUUUCUACGGCCGCGUGGCUCGGCUGCCCGGGAGCGAGAGGCAGCUGCGACCCGAGGCGGCGGCAGCUGGAGGGCUGGGGGGUGCCGCCGUGAGAAGCAGCCUGUGGGAAAAAGAGAGAGAGCAGCCGCCGCCGCCUCCUGCGGCGGAGGACGAGCCUGUGCCCAGUCCCCCUGUUGCAGAUACCGGAGAAGGAGACCCGCAAGAGGAGGAGGAGGAGGAAGAGGACGGCGCCGGGCGCCACGGCAGCAGCCACAACGGCAGCGGGGACUACGCGGGCGCCCCGGGCUGCGCCAAGACCCGCCACUUCCUCUACGUCGGGGUGAUGACCGCCCAGAAGUACCUGGGCAGCCGAGCGCUGGCGGUGCAGCGGACCUGGGCGCGCUCAAUCUCCGGCCGAGUGGAGUUCUUCUCCUCGCAGGGCUCUGUUCCUCCUCCUGCCCUGCAAGGGGAGCAGCCACUGCCGGUCGUCGCCUUACCCGGCGUGGACGACUCGUACCCGCCUCAGAAAAAAUCCUUCAUGAUGCUUAAGUAUAUGCACGACCACUACCUGGACACUUACGAGUGGUUUAUGCGGGCGGACGACGAUGUCUACAUCAAAGGCGAAAAAUUGGAGGAGUUCCUUAGGUCACUGAACAGCAGUAAACCUCUGUAUUUGGGACAAACAGGACUGGGAAACAUUGAAGAACUUGGAAAACUGGGUCUUGAGCCAGGAGAGAAUUUCUGUAUGGGAGGGCCUGGAAUGAUCUUCAGUCGUGAGGUUCUGAGGAGGAUGGUGCCACACAUAGGUGAAUGUCUUCGAGAAAUGUACACUACUCAUGAGGAUGUCGAAGUGGGCCGAUGUGUUCGGCGGUUUGGUGGAACUCAGUGCGUCUGGUCAUAUGAGGUAAGGAGUAAUGGAUUACUGCUGGUGUCUUUUGUCCAUGACUUUAAUAAACAUGGCUGCUCCCCAACCAUGCUCAACCAUUACUGCCUUAGUAUGCACUGUUGUGUGCCGUGUUAUCAUUACCAUCUUCAUUGGGCUUUUAAUAUUCCAAUGGAAUCAAUCAUAUUUAGAUUUCUGUGAUGGAAACUUAAAAGCCAACCUGGGUUGAGUUUGGCAGAUACCAAAUGCAGACAUACAACAUCAGCACACAAUGUUAUGGUAGAAUAAUAGCUUAAAACAUACACUUGUGCUAAUGGGAUUUUUUUGUAUGUACUUCAGAACGUAUCUACUAAUGCAUCAACUAUGGAGUACUUAUAUUUAAUUUACAUUUACAAUUUACUUUGAUCAAUCCCUACAUGCUUAUACUAUAUAUUCUUAGGCAUAUUUAGUCACAUAACUAUAGUAAUCAGACAAUCCUUAAUUAGGAUUAAAACUCUUGCCAUCCUAUAUAACAGGAAAUAUUCUUC